AGGAGGGAGGGGGAAGAUGGCGGCGGGGCGAGGGCUGCUGGCGGCGGGGCUGUUCCGCGGGCGGGUCGCCAUCGUCACCGGCGGCGGCACUGGCAUCGGCAAGGCCAUCGCCGCCGACCUGCUGGCGCUAGGUUGCAGUGUUGUUAUUGCCUCUCGAAAAUUUGAUCGAUUAAAAGCUGCUGCAGAAGAACUAAAUUACAAGUUUUCUUCCGUGAGUCCUGCCAAAGUGACUCCCAUACAGUGCAAUAUCCGCAAGGAAGAAGAGGUAGAAGCUUUGGUGAAGUCUACACUGAGUCUGCAUGGGAAGAUUGACUUCCUGGUGAAUAAUGGAGGGGGCCAAUUUGCAAGUCCUUCUGAAGCCAUCCGUGCAAAAGGCUGGAAUGCUGUGAUAGAGACGAAUCUAACAGGGACCUUCUAUUGCUGCAAAGCAGUGUACAAUGCCUGGAUGCAAGAACACGGAGGAGCCAUUGUCAACAUUACUGCUGCCGUGAGAAAUGGGUUUCCUGGAAUGUCGCACACGGGAGCUGCAAGAGCUGCAGUGGAUAACCUCACCAAGACUUUAGCACUGGAAUGGGCUCACAGUGGAGUAAGAAUCAACAGUGUCGCUCCUGGACUGGUAUUUUCAGAAACUGCUGUUGCAAACUAUGGAGAGCAAGGUGUAAUGAUGUGGUUAAAGAGCAUACCAAAGGUUCCUGCCAAGAGGUCGGCGGUUCCUGAGGAGAUCUCUCCUGCAGUGUGUUUCCUACUAUCUCCAGCUGCUUCUUUCAUAACUGGGAUAACCAUGGUUGUGGAUGGUGGCCAAAGUUUAUACAGCCAUACCCUAGAAAUACCCGAUCAUGACAGAUGGCCUGCACUACCAGAAGGAAAAAAUUCUGAAAUGCUGAAAAAGCUUCUUUCCGGCGAAUUCAAGCCAAAGCUGUAAAAGGAGGAGAUUUCACCUUAUUCCCAGUUGCACACUUGAUGAUAAUCUCACUUUGUGAUUUGAGUUUAUAAUUCUCAUUAAUAAUUUAAUUUCCCAUAUGUAACUACAUUGAGUGCCUUGAUUUUCAUUAGUUUAUAUUUAAAACUUGAAAGACUGUACACAGUAAAUAUCUUCUCUGGAAACACUUUCCAUUCAGUCUUUUGAGAAGGGGAGGUAUAAAAGACAAGUUGUCCAUUUGCAUAGGCAUUAAGUAAUGAAGAAUCCCAGCCAGAAUAAAAAGAAUACUUAUUUUGAAGUGAAGGGAGCCGAGAGGGAAUGGUUUGGAAUCCUUCAGUUUAGGGAGAAGGUAAUUUAAAUCUCUUGUUAUUAGUUGCAUCAGUAACCAUUGAGGUAACUUAUCUCUACACUAUUUCUGUUCAGCCACACACUGAGUGCUCAACAAUGGUUUUAAAGACCAAGUACAGUGAGUAUUUAUCUGAAAAUAAUUAAAAAUAAAGUGGAAUACUGUUAUUAAUGUUUCAAAAUAAAUUGGCAUAUUUUAUUGGGAAUGUUUUGAAUUGCUUGCAAAUACAAUCGCAUAAUAGAGCUGACUGCUACUUAAAUUUGAUAAUAGAAUAAUCAGAUAAAUUUAAACUUCAACAUACAGUUAAAGUUGGAUGGAAAGCAGUAGAGAUUCAACAAUUCAACAUGCAAAAAUCUUGAAGUAAAAUCUGUGGUGUGUAAUGCAGUGCUCUCUGCAGUGUGCUCUACUAGUAAAGGAGAGAUCUGUAAUCCUUUUUUUACCAGUUAAAAUACUUUAUCCAUACUGUGUUGUCUUACAAUGUUAACAGAACUUUGUUCAUUAGUGUCUUUAAAAUAGAUGUGAUAUUUGUGAAUAAUGCAGAGAUGCCAUUUAAGAACCAGAAAUCUUGCAAUGUAUGACUUGAAAAGGCUAUGUUUGUAGUUUUUCUUAUUCACUUUAAGGCAAAUGUUCCCAUGUCUGCCAUCUCUAGUGAAAGUAUAAAUAAGUAAUGACUGUGUUUGCUGUAACAACUGAAAAUUGUGGAAUCAAGUUGCUGUUAUAGAAGUGAACUUUUUGUACUUCAUUUUGGACUAAAUGUAAGAGUCUGCCAGUUACUUGUACUCUACAAAGGUGUUUGACCUUUAUGUUUUUCAGUAAAAAGUGGGUUCUUACAUAGGUACAUGUAGAUUGCUUUUCAGGAAAAUCUGAAUUCCAUUUUUGGGUGGGAAGAGAGGUUUGAGCCUAAAUAUGUGCUCUUUCAGGUGUAUCCUGUUUCCUUGAUAACUGGAUGGUCAUUUAUGCAGUUGUGAGACACUUGUUCAGAGAUAAAGUCAGCUUUUUUCAAACCUCUUGUGAAAAGAUAUAUUUUGAUUAUUGCAAAUAUUAGUUUAGGGUACACAGGAAGAGAAUUCCUGGAAGAAAAUGCACCUGUUAGGUGACUAACUCUAGAAGUCUAGCCCAUUGCAGUGAAUGAAAUUAUUUAGUUUAUUAAGACAUUAUUUCUACAUUCUUAACAUCUUUCUGGAAGAGAAGGUUAAAUGUGAAUGUGUGUGCUUCAGACUUGUGGAAUUUACUUCCUCUUUGUUUGAAUGUGAGUUUCUAUGGACUGUGAAUUUGAUAUGAGAUGGAAGUGAAUUGCUAAAACUAAAUUACUUUUUAUUAUAUCCCAGAACUGUUCACUAUAGAAUUUGAGUAUAAACUUGGAAAUAAUAAAUUUUUAAUCUUGCAAAUUUCCUCUUUAA